UUUUUUUCUAUUUUUCAUUCCUUCUUAAUGACGCAUGCCAUGAAUUCAGAAGCAAAACCAUUUGGGUUUCCUUUUGAACCGUACCAUAUACAGAAGGAUUUUAUGGAAGAGCUGUACAAUGUCUUAGAACAUGGAAAAGUUGGCAUAUUUGAAAGCCCCACAGGCACAGGUAAAUCUCUCAGUUUAAUCUGUGGUUCUUUGAAAUGGUUAAAUGAUCAUGACAAAAAAGACCCUGAGCCCAAUGAGCCUGUUGUCAAAGUCAAAGAUAAUCAACCCGAUUGGAUCACUGCAUUGCAAACGAAAUCACAGGACCAUAAGAAGAGGGAAGAGCUCGAGGAAAGAAGAAGAGAGCUGAAAAAUAGAAUUGAUCGUGUACGCAAUGAAACUUUUACCAUUGAAGUCGUUGAAAAAGCAAAUAAGAAGAGAACCUUGCCGAAAAAGGGCGAGGAGAAUGACGAAGAGUUCUUGAUCGGCGAUUAUGAUAGUGACGAAGAGAAUGGAGCUAGUACAACAGUUAACAAAAGCGAUGCCACAUCAAACCUUUCCAAGGAAGUUCAAGCCUUAUUAGCAAAGUUUGAGACAAAAAAGAAAUUAUCCAGUUACGAAGAGGAAGAUGAACCAGAUAUGGAAGAAACAAAGAUUUAUUAUGCUUCGCGAACACAUUCACAAUUGACCCAAUUUGUACACGAAGUCAGCAAGACAAUGUAUGCAGAGAAUACAUACGAAGUAUCAUUGGCAUCCAGAAAAAAUAUGUGUAUCAAUCCAGAUGUCAAGAAAUUGGGAAAUGUAAAUAAAAUCAAUGAAGCGUGUUUGGAUCUUCAAAAAAGCGGAUCAAAAAAAGGUCCUUGCAAAUUCUUACCACCAGCAGAUAAUGUCACAAAGUGGAAUCAUUUCAGGGAUCAUGCCUUGGCUAAAGUACGUGAUAUUGAGGAUUUGGUAACAGUGGGCGAGAAGCUUUCGACAUGCCCUUAUUAUGGAUCCAGAAAUACAGCCAAAUCUGCAAGACUUAUUGUUUUACCUUAUCAACAUUUAUUGCAUGCCAGUACAAGAGAAUCUCUCGGAAUAUCCUUAAAAAACAACGUUGUCAUUAUCGAUGAGGCCCAUAAUUUGAUGGAAACCAUGACUUCUCUUUACACAGUAUCACUCACAUUACAACAAAUUCAGCUGGCCUGGAAUCAACUCAACCUGUACAUUCAAAAAUAUAAAUCCAGAUUGCUUGGAAAAAACGUCGUCUACAUCAAGCAAAUUUUGAGUAUCAUCAAAACUCUCAUAAAACAUUUACAGCCAACAGACGCAUCGAAAAAAAAGGAUAGUGUCAUGGGUGUUAACGAAUUCUUACAUGUCUCUGCCAUCGAUCAUAUCAAUAUGUUUAAAAUAAAAACAUAUUUAGAUGUCAGUUGUCUUUCGAGAAAAUUGAACGGUUUUGUCGAAAAAGCAAAAGAGAAGGAAGAAGAGGAAAGGCAGAAAGAACGGCUACUUAACCCAAAUGCACCUAUCUCCCCUCCUUCUCCAUCACUCACUACUUCCACUUUGACAUUAACCCAAAUCGAAUCUUUUUUAUUGGCAUUAACAAACCCUGAUAAAGAUGGAAGAAUCGUUACGAGUUUUGGAACACCAGAAAAUCCUGGAGUCACUAUCAAAUAUAUGCUUUUAAACCCUGCAGAUGCUUUCAAACCCAUUGUCGAUGAAGCCAAAAGCGUCAUUUUAGCUGGUGGUACCAUGGAACCCAUUUCAGAUUUCUUUCAUCAUUUAUUUCCUUCGGUUCCCAAAGAGAGAGUUUCGCAUUUUUCAUGUGGACAUAUUAUACCACCCAAAAACCUGUCUACAAUUACAUUACAGGAGGGUCCAUCGGGAAAAUCACUCAUGUUCAACUAUGAAAGUAGACAGGAUGUAAAGCUAAUGGAUGAAGUGGGUCAAACCAUCGCUAAUUUAUGUAAUGUGAUACCGGAUGGUAUAGUCUGCUUCUUUCCUAGUUUCACCUAUCUUGACCAGGUUUAUAAAAGAUGGUGCUCAACAGGACCCAACAGCAUUUUGGACCGAAUUCAAAAAAGAAAAAAAGUAUUCAAGGAGCCGAGAGAGAGCAACAUGGUGGAGGCAACAUUACGUGAUUAUUCUUUACAGAUUGAUUCCCCUGAUAAAAAUAUGGGCGCGCUGUUACUUUGCGUUGUCAACGGUAAAAUGUCAGAAGGUAUCAAUUUCUCGGACAGACUUGGAAGAGGUGUCAUCAUGAUCGGGCUACCUUUUGCUAAUAGAGGUUCUGUCGAGUUGAUUGAAAAGAUGAAUUACGCUCAAAAAUUUUCGAAUGACGGAACGUUGAAUGCAGGCACAGAGUACUACGAAAAUCUUUGUAUGCGCGGUGUCAACCAAUCCAUCGGAAGAGCCAUUCGUCAUCGAGGAGAUUAUGCUACCAUCGUCUUACUCGAUAAAAGAUACGCUACGCCUCGUAUUGGAAAAAAACUGCCUAAAUGGAUUGGCGAUCAUGUUGAAAACUGUGAUAAGUUCGGCAAAGUUAUGGGACGAACUUCCAAAUUUUUUCGAGAAAAACAAUAGUGAAAACAAUGUUUACAGAGACAGGUAUGCGGUGUUGUAUCUUUUAAGAACCAUUCUUUUCACCCUCAUGUUUGAUCCCAUACGAAAGCCCCUAAGAACCCUUACCCUUCUUUGUUACAUCAUCCAAAUAAAUCGUAUGGGAAUUGCUUCUUGACAGC